AUGUGGAAUCAUACACACAGGUCCGGAUUUUCAGACAUAAAGCCGCAGAACAUUCUCUUGGAGACGGCCAAGAUCAACAACAUGUUCGAACAUGCUCCAUCCACCGUCUUCCGCCACUCUUCUCCGGCUCUGGCUGCGCCGGACGAUUUCUACAUGGAGUCGGAGCAAGUCUUCUCAGCCGACGAAGACCUCUCGACGACUUCGGUGCCUCCUGGAUUCGCGGUGCGUCUUGCCGAUUUCGGCACUGCGAGCUGGGUCGAAAAGCAUCUUUGCGAGUGGAUUCAACCUCCAUCACUACGGGCUCCCGAAGUCAUUAUAGGUGCUGGAUGGGGCCCUAGCGUAGAUAUCUGGAAUUUGGGAUGUGUCAUUUGGGAACUUGCAGAAGGCAAAGUCCUGUUCGACGGCUGUCCAACUCCUUCAGCACCAUACUCAGCCCACUCUCAUCUCGCCCAAAUGCAAGCUCUUUUCGGGCCCAUGCCGAAACAUCUACUGCGACGAUCGACCAACGCGGCCAAGUAUUUUGAUUCCGACGGAAAUCCUUUGUCCAAGUCGCCUUUCCCCCCAAGCUCGCUAGAGGGCUUCGUCGACAAUCCGGAACUCAUAGCUGAUGCCGACAAGGAAGAUUUUGUGGACUUGAUCACUUCGAUGCUCAAAUUGGCCCCAGAAGAGAGACUCGACGCUAAAGACCUGCUGAAUUCUAAGUGGUUAAAUUAA